AAACGAAGACAUUCAUCCAAACAGUCCUCCGCCUUCUUCAAUUUCUUCUUCACAGCCACACUGAUCCUAGACAAGCCCUAAUCCCCUUUUUCUCAGUCCCAAUGAACAAGGCCAUGGCUCCCUUUUUACCGCAAUUUCCAUUGCAGCUUAUGGUCGGAGAGCGGGAUCCCUCUUCGAGGAUCCGGACACAAUGUGGUGGAGAAGUGGCAACCAUGGACGGCGGUGGAGCGAUCAGCAGGUCAGUGUUGAUUUCCCCAGAUUGCUUGAGGAAAUGCUCUUGCCCUGCUUUUUCAGAUUUAGAUACGGAGGAGAAAGUUUGAUUGGAACGAAGUGACGGUGCAUUGCCUCAAUCGAAGGCAUACGCUCAAUGCGAAUUAUUCCUCAGGCAAGCGCCAUUUUCACACUAUUGCAGGCUGAAUAGAAGAAAUUUCAUGUCAAUAUUUUGUUUUGUCUCGAGACUUUUUGAAGGAAACUAUGCUAAUUCUUAGGGUGGGAAAAGAGAAGUAUAAGCACAUAAGAUGGAGGUAUAUUAUACUAUCUGUGAGACAUUUUUAGAUCUGACCAAUCAACUAAAAAUGACAUCGAUUGUGCAGUUUGAAGGAAGCUAGACCAAAUCUUUUUAGGGGAGGGGGGGCGAAGAGAAUUAAAAAUUGACUUGGGAAGGACAUAAGGUUUGAGACAUUCUCUUUCUGGGACAUCUAUGGAUACCUUUACAACACUUGUAGUUUUCUUCUAUGCGAUCUUCAUCUUAAGAGUCUCCAAUGCAGGAGACACCAUAACUGUUGAUCUAGUAAUUAGAGAUGGGGAGACCAUAACUUCUGUUGGUGGGAGCUUCGAACUGGGUUUUUUCAGCCCAGUUGAUUCCAAUAAUCGAUAUGUGGGGAUAUGGUACAAGAAGGUGCCUACUAGAACUGUGGUAUGGGUUGCCAACAGAGAAUUUCCUCUCACUGACUCAUCAGGAGUCCUGAAGGUCACGGACCAGGGAACUCUUGUCAUUCUCAAUGGUACUAAUGGCAUCAUUUGGUCUUCUAAUUCAUCGCAACCUGCAAUAAAUCCAAAUGCGCAGCUUUUGGAGUCUGGAAAUCUAGUUGUGAAGAAUGGUAAUGAUAGUGACCCGGAAAAGUUUCUAUGGCAGAGUUUUGAUUAUCCUUGUGAUACUGCUCUACCAGGCAUGAAGUUUGGAAGGAACACUGUGACAGGCUUAGAUCGGUACUUAUCUUCAUGGAAGAGCACUAAUGAUCCUUCUAAAGGUAAUUUUACAUACCGGCUUGAUCCUAGUGGAUCUCCACAAUAUAUUCUGAGGAGUGGCUUAGCUGUGACUUUUCACUCUGGUCCAUGGAAUGGCCUUCGAUUUAGUGGGUGUCCUGAAAUAAGGCCGAAUCCAGUUUAUAAAUAUGCUUUUGUUAUGAAUGAAGAGGAGAUGUAUUAUACUUAUGAGCUUGUUAACAGCUCUGUCAUUUCGAGGCUGGUGUUAAAUCCAAACGGAUAUGUGCAGCUUUUCACAUGGAUUGAUCGAACACGUGGGUGGAUCCUUUACUCAUCUGCACAGAAGGAUGACUGUGACAGUUAUGCAUUGUGUGGUGCAUAUGGCAGCUGCAACAUUAACCAUUCUCCAAAAUGUACAUGUAUGAAAGGAUUUGUGCCAAAGUUCCCCAAUGAAUGGAACAUGGUGGAUUGGUCAAAUGGAUGUGUUCGGAGCACUCCACUGGAUUGUCACAAGGAUGAGGGGUUUGUAAAGUACUCUGGUGUGAAACUGCCAGACACACGAAACUCCUGGUUUAAUGAAAACAUGAGUCUCAAGGAGUGUGCCUCUAUGUGCUUAAGGAACUGCUCUUGCACUGCUUAUGCAAAUUCAGAUAUCAGGAAUGGAGGAAGUGGAUGCUUGCUCUGGUUUGGUGAUUUAAUUAAUAUCAGAGAGUUUGCUGAAAAUGGACAAGAGUUGUAUGUAAGGAUGGCUGCAUCAGAAUUAGAUGCCUUUUGUAGCUCAAAUAGCAGCCCCAAGAAGAGACGAAAGCAGAUCAUUAUCAUCUCUGUAUCAAUUUUGGGGGUGCUCCUCCUAAUCGUAGUCCUAACUUUGUACAUUGUGAAGAAGAAGCUAAAGAGAAACGGAAAAAUUAAACACCAUUUGAAAGGAGGUGAAGCGAAUGAAAGCCAAGAGCUUCAAGAAUUACCAGUAUUUGACUUGGCUGCAUUACUGAGUGCUACUAAUAAUUUUUCAAGUGACAAUAAGCUUGGAGAGGGUGGUUUUGGACCUGUCUACAAGGGAAUAAUGCAAGAAGGACAAGAAAUAGCUGUAAAGAGACUGUCGAAAAAUUCUAGACAAGGACUAAAUGAAUUCAAAAAUGAAGUUGAAUCCAUUGCAAAACUUCAGCAUCGAAAUCUUGUGAAGCUUCUUGGAUGUUGCAUUCAUGGCAACGAAAGAAUGUUGAUCUAUGAAUACAUGCCCAACAAAAGCUUGGAUUUCUUCAUUUUUGAUCCAAUGCCAGGUGUGGUACUGGAUUGGCCUAAGCGUUUUGUCAUUAUCAAUGGGGUUGCUCGGGGGCUUCUUUAUCUUCAUCAAGACUCCAGACUAAGAGUCAUCCAUAGAGAUCUCAAAGCCGAAAAUGUUUUACUAGAUAAUGAGAUGAGUCCAAAAAUUUCAGACUUUGGCUUAGCAAGAAGUCUUGGGGGAAAUGAAACUGAAGCAAGAACAACGAGAGUAGCGGGAACAUUAGGUUACAUGUCCCCAGAAUAUGCAACUGAAGGAUUGUACUCGACAAAAUCGGAUGUUUAUAGCUUUGGUGUUUUGAUGCUAGAGAUUGUGACUGGGAAGAGGAACAGAGGAUUUUUUCAUCCAGACCACAGAUAUAACCUUCUUGGACAUGCAUGGACACUCUAUAUGGAAGGUAGGUCUUUAGAACUUAUCAAUCCAUCGAUGGGGGAUACCUCUAAUCUAUCUGAAGCGCUCCGCUCGAUCAACGUGGGCCUAUUGUGUGUACAACAUUUCCCCAAUGAUCGACCAAGCAUGCAUUCUGUGGUUCUAAUGUUGGGGAGUGAGGGUGCACUGCCUCAGCCUAAAGAGCCUUGUUUUUUCACAGAAAAGAAUUUAGUGGAAGCAAACCCUUUCCCAGGCGAGCAGAUGUUAUUUUCAGGAAAUGAAACCUCCAUUACACUAUUGGAGGCUCGAUAGAAAACUUUUCAUCUUUAUAUUCUCUUUGGUCUCAAGGUUGCAGCUCAAUUUCUUCUCUUAUGCGCAGAUUUAUGUUCCAAUUUGAGUUUAAUCUAAGAUGCAAGCUUGACAAUACGAAUUAUCCCGACAUAGGUAGGAAAAUGGGUAUUUUCUUAAAAAA